UGCACUGCUCACCUGGGCAGAGGAGGCUUCAGAAAGCUGCCAAGGCACCAUCUCCAGGAACUCUCAGCACCCAGAAUCCAUCUGAGAAUAUGCUGCCACAAAUACCCUUUUUGCUGCUAGUAUCCUUGAACUUGGUUCAUGGAGUGUUUUACGCUGAACGAUACCAAACACCCACAGGCAUAAAAGGCCCACUACCCAACACCAAGACACACUUCUUCAUUCCCUAUACCAUAAAGAGUAAAGGUAUAGCAGUAAGAGGAGAGCAAGGUAUUCCUGGUCCACCAGGCCCUGCUGGACCCCGAGGGCACCCAGGUCCUUCCGGACCACCAGGAAAACCAGGGUACGGAAGUCCUGGACUCCAAGGAGAGCCAGGGUUGCCAGGACCACCGGGACCAUCAGCUGUAGGGAAGCCAGGUGUGCCAGGACUCCCAGGAAAACCAGGAGAGAGAGGACCAUACGGACCAAAAGGAGAUAUUGGACCAGCUGGCCUACCAGGACCACGGGGCCCACCGGGACCACCUGGAAUCCCUGGACCAGCUGGAAUUUCUGUGUCAGGAAAACCUGGACAACAGGGACCCACAGGGGCACCGGGACCCAGGGGCUUUCCUGGAGAAAAGGGUGCACCAGGAGUUCCUGGUAUUAAUGGACAGAAAGGGGAAAUGGGAUAUGGUGCUCCUGGUCGUCCAGGUGAGAGGGGUCUUCCAGGCCCUCAGGGUCCCACAGGACCACCGGGCCCUCCUGGAGUGGGAAAAAGAGGUGAAAAUGGGAUUCCGGGACAGCCAGGCAUCAAAGGUGAUAGAGGUUUUCCAGGAGAAAUGGGACCAACUGGCCCACCAGGUCCCCAGGGCCCUCCUGGGGAACGAGGGCCAGAAUGUAUUGGAAAGCCAGGAGCUGCUGGAGCCCCAGGUCAGCCAGGGAUUCCAGGAACAAAAGGUCUCCCUGGGGCUCCAGGAAUAGCUGGGCCCCCAGGGCCUCCUGGCUUUGGGAAACCAGGCUUGCCAGGUCUGAAGGGACAAAGAGGACCUGCUGGCCUUCCUGGGGGUCCAGGUGCCAAAGGGGAACAAGGGCCAGCAGGUCUUCCUGGGAAGUCAGGUCUGACUGGACCCCCUGGGAAUAUGGGACCCCAAGGACCAAAAGGCAUCCCGGGCAACCAUGGUCUCCCAGGCCCUAAAGGUGAGACAGGGCCAGCUGGGCCUGCAGGACACCCUGGGGCUAAGGGUGAAAGGGGUUCCCCUGGGUCAGAUGGAAAACCAGGGUACCCAGGAGAACCGGGUCUCGAUGGUUCUAAGGGUAACCCAGGGUUACCAGGCCCAAAAGGUAACCCUGGAGUUGGAGGACCUCCUGGUCUCCCAGGCCCUGUCGGCCCAGCAGGAGCAAAGGGAAUGCCCGGACACAAUGGAGAGGCUGGCCCAAGAGGUGCCCCUGGAAUACCAGGUACUAGAGGCCCUAUUGGGCCACCAGGCAUUCCAGGAUUCCCUGGGUCUAAAGGGGAUCCAGGAAAUCCCGGUCCUCCUGGCCCAGCUGGCAUAGCAACUAAGGGCCUCAAUGGACCCACUGGGCCACCAGGGCCUCCAGGUCCAAGAGGCCACUCUGGAGAGCCUGGCCUUCCAGGACCCCCUGGGCCUCCAGGCCCACCAGGUCAAGCAGUCAUGCCUGAGGGUUUUAUAAAGGCAGGCCAAAGGCCCAGUCUUUCUGGGACGCCUCUUGUUAGUGCCAACCAGGGGGUAACAGGAAUGCCUGUGUCUGCUUUUACUGUUAUUCUCUCCAAAGCUUACCCAGCAAUAGGAACUCCCAUCCCGUUUGAUAAGAUUUUGUAUAACAGGCAACAGCAUUAUGACCCAAGGACUGGAAUCUUUACUUGUAGGAUACCAGGAAUAUACUAUUUUUCGUACCACGUGCAUGUGAAAGGGACUCAUGUUUGGGUAGGCCUGUAUAAGAAUGGCACCCCUGUAAUGUACACCUAUGAUGAAUACACCAAAGGCUACCUGGAUCAGGCUUCAGGGAGUGCCAUCAUCGAUCUCACAGAAAAUGACCAGGUGUGGCUCCAGCUGCCCAAUGCCGAGUCGAAUGGCCUAUACUCCUCUGAGUAUGUCCACUCCUCUUUCUCAGGAUUCCUAGUGGCUCCAAUGUGAGUACACCCCAUAGAGCUAAUCUAAAUCUUGUGCUACAAAAAGCAUUCUCCAACUCUACCCCACCCUAUAAAAUGCAUAUGGAGGUAGGCUGAAAAGAAUGUAAUUUUUAUUUUCUGAGACAGAUUUGAGCUAUCAGACCCACAACCCUUCCCUCUGAAAAGUGAGCAGCAAUGUAAAAAUGUAUGUGAAGGCCCUCAUGAAUUUCUAGUCAGCAGUCUUAAGGCUCUUUAAGGUUUUCUCCAAUAUUUAUCACCAAAGAAGUCCUGCUAUGUUAAAAAACAACAACAGCAGCAAAAACAAACAA